GUGUCGCCCUCCAUUCUCUCUGCUGACUUCGCCAACUUGGGUCAGGAGGUCGGCGAUGUGCUGAAGGCUGGAGCGGACUGGGUGCACGUGGACGUGAUGGAUGGCCGCUUCGUCCCCAACAUCACCAUCGGCCCUGGUGUGGUCUCCGCCCUCAGGAAGGCGCAUCCUGACUCAAUUCUUGACUGCCAUCUGAUGAUCGUGGAGCCGGAGCAGCGUGUGGAGGACUUUGCGAAGGCCGGGGCAGACAUCAUCUCCGUGCACUGCGAGGCUGCAUCCACCAUCCACCUCCACCGCACGCUGAACCAGAUCAAGAGCUUCGGUUGCCUUGCCGGCGUCGUGCUGAACCCUGGCACCCCGCUCUCCCAGAUCGAGUAUGUCCUAGAGGAGGUGGACCUGGUCCUCAUCAUGUCGGUGAAUCCCGGCUUCGGUGGGCAGAGCUUCAUCGAGUCGCA